CCUUUUUAGAGUAUAUAGAGCGCACCCAAACCAGCGGUAAUCAAUCCAAACAUAUGGUAAGAAAAUGUUAAAAUCGUACAUACAAAGAUGUAAAUUUUUUCAGAUUUGUUCUGAUGGAAUACAUUUUAAAUUUUUAUCAUUUUGUGCUGAUAAUCAUUUUUAUAGAACAUUUGACAAACCUACUUGGAAAAACCCAGAUAAUCCGGGAAAUCCUCAACUAGAUCUUUUAGAAAACUUAACAGAUUUUGAAGAGUCGAGAGACGAGUUUAGAUAUAUAGAAAAUAUUAUGGAGGUUUGUCAACCUAAAACUGUUCAUGAACCAACUGAUUUAGAUGAUAGAAGACCUAGGCCAUCGGGCUGGAUUCCCCCUCCAACUCAUUGUCCAAAUUUAUCAUACUUUGUAUCACGAACAAAAAAUCACCUCCUCCCUGUUUAUUUUUAUUUAAAAUACAAUGGCUCUCAAAAAGUGACAAAAAUCAAGAAUAUUAUGGGAAAUAUAUGGGACUUUGAAACAGACCUCAUUAAACAUCUUUCUGAAUAUAUCACUGACAAAGAUUUUAUACCACCAACUCAAAUCAAUGAAUAUUCCCAGAGUAUAAAUAUCAAAGGUGUAUGGACAGAAGAAAUUAAACAAUUUUUGGCCAAUAAAGGAUUUUAAUAAAAGAAUGUAAAACAUUUUUUUAUAUUAUAAUACACCAAUAUAACAUUGGCCAUCAAUAUACAACUUCAGAUGAUCUUUUAAUAAUACUGCAAAAUAAUUUUAUAUGCCUAGUUAU